UGUAUAGCUAGCCUAUUCAACAGUACUAGAAAGCAGAAGCUUCUUAUAUAUAUAUAAAUACACGCACUCGCCCAUAAGGCGUUCGUCGCACGGCACGCUAGCAAGCUAGCUCUCCUCACAAAAGCAGAGGCCCCUCCCUCGCUUCCUCUCUUCCUCUAGAUCUUCCUCUUCCUCUAGCUUCGGUCCUCUCCCUUCCUAUCUACAACUAAAACGAAUUCACCCGUUCUGUCUCCUAAAUCUCUCACCAACACCACUUUCACUACUCUGACCACAGAGACGCCAUGUCGGCCAAGAAGGACUGCGGCCACCACGGGCCCAAAUGCCGACGCAUUUUCUUUCGGAAAAUCUUCGCUGGUAUCCUCAUCUUCAUGUUCGUCGUCCUGGUGACGGUGCUCAUCGUCUGGGCCAUCCUCCAGCCCAGGAAGCCCAGGUUCGUCCUCCAGGACGCCACCGUCUACGCCUUCAACGUCUCCUCCCCACCGAACUCCCUCACCUCCACCUUCCAAGUCACCCUCUACUCCCGCAACCCAAAUGACAAGAUCGGCGUAUACUACGACAAGCUGGACGUCUACGCCACCUACCGCAGCCAGCAGAUCACCCUCCGUAGCCAAAUCCCUUCCACUUACCAGGGCCACAAGGACGUCAACGUCUGGUCCCCUUUCAUCUACGGCAACGCUGUGCCAGUGGCUCCGUACAACGCCCUCGCGCUAAGCCAGGACAAGGCCAAUGGUGCUGUGAUAAUCAUGAUCAAGAUCGACGGACGGGUCAGAUGGAAAGUCGGGACCUUCAUCUCGGGUCGGUACCAUUUCUACGUGAGGUGUCCUGCCUCUAUAAAUUUUGGAUCGGCCGGGACCAGCGGUAUUGCCCUCGAAAAUAGCGGCGGCGUUAAGUACCAGUUAGUGCAGAGUUGCAGCGUUAGCGUAUGAAAAUGGCGCCGCCGGCCGUUGAGGAUUCAGUAUUCUCUCUCUCUCUCCCCAUCAAAUUCUGUGUCUAAUUUAAUAUCCUAUCUUCUCUAGCUAUACGUCGGGAUUCAAGUCAUGUACUGUGUGAAUUGUACAUUUUGCUGAAGAAUAAACCGAAAAGGUGAAAAGAAAAGAAAAAUACGAGACAAAUUAAUAGCAAAAUUACAAUGGGAGACAAGUUGUGUAAUUUUAUCUGAAUUUUAAUUAAGUGUUUUUCAUAUAUAAAAAUAUC